AUGGACGGCCCUGUUACUGAAUUUUUUUCAUCGAUUUAUCUGUACUGCUAUACACAGCUUUUACAGCUUAACAUCGUUUUACCGGCCCCUGAUCAGGCCUUUAAUGUCAUGUCGUCUGCAAGUACUUAUAUCUAUGAGUACUCUCCCGAGAACCUCCGUCAUUUUGGAAUUUGGUUGACAUCCGUGCCUGUCCAGGCUAACAUUAUCCCCGUUUUUCUGGCCAUUCUUGUACUAUACACUCUGUUCUCGUUAGUGGUUUGGGCCGUUCGAGGAGUUUUCAGACUUAUCUACAACUUUCUCCGAUUCAGCAUUAUUGUUGCCAUGACUUUUAUACUGGUGUAUGUGGUUCAGCAAUAUGUUUCAAAUGGUGCGCCUUUUAUGGAGUACUUAAUCGAUAUGCUGUCUCAAAUCCAGUGGAGCCAAACAACCAUAAUUGAGCAACAAUCAAACCACAACCACCAGGUCGUAUUUUAA